ACCGUGAGUGCAACAACACAAAGAAUGUAUCGCAUUGAAGUGCAUAGUAACGUUCAGUUGAUUGUUUCUUUGCUUUAUAAAUUCGGAUUGUGGCAACGUGACCGGACGGCCACGGCCAAAGAAAGGCUUUUUAAGUGGAUCUAUUCAUUGGGCUUUUUUAGUGUAUUCAUAUCAUUUUCGGUCGGUGCGUGUAAAAGCGGUAGCAUUGAAGUUGGAAUAUUUUUAGCCCAAUCGGGGUUAGCGGCAUUCGUUCUUCGAGUGAAAUUAAAUUUUUUGAUUUGGAAGGGUGCUGAAAUUCUGCAUUUAUUGAAUGCAGUUUGUAUUUACACAACAACUGAUCAUAAGAGCUUCACUAUGGUCACCGAUAAAAUGAAGAACUUUACCACAUUUAUAACUGUUCUGAUAACAGUCAGUUGCUUCACUUGUUUUCACGCUGUCAUCAUUUCGCCUUUUCUCGCCGGUGAAAAAGCUCUUUUCUUCGAUAUUGCGUUUCCGCUUGAUCAUAAAAAUGAUGAAUUUGCAUUUUGGAUUGCAUAUGUGUAUCUCACAUUAUUUGCAAUGGUUCCAGCGAUGAACGGAAUGAUCUUUAAUGUGUUAAUGUGGUACCUACUGUACUCUUAUGCCCUGCGAUACAAGUUAUUCGAACACCAAGUUGCAAACAUCGGUAAUUGUGCGUUAAAACAAAAUCUUUCGUCGACUGAAAAAAAUAGGUUUUACAGUGAAGACCUCACAGCUGCAAUCAGGACCCAUGCCAAUUCUAGGAAGAUUGCAGAUCAAUUGAGGGUCUUUUUCAGCCGAAUAUUCAUCACUUCAUUUGUUACGAGUGGUGUCGGCAUUUGUGGUUCACUUUACUGUCUAGUAGCGUUUCAUCGCUCUACAAAUGUCUCUGCGCAAUUGGUUCUAUUAGCCAUACUUCUGUACAGUGUUUUCGACGUAUUUAUGCUAACGUAUUUCGGCAAUGAAAUUAAGAUGUCGAGUGACCGUUUCACUUACUGCCUGUUCAAAUCGAAUUGGAUUGAAAUGCCACAAUCAACCAAGAAAUCCGUUCUCAUUUUUGGUGAGAUAUUGAUACGUCCAUAUGAGAUACUCGUCUUCAAGAUAUUUCCACUCAGCUUGGAAACGUUUACUCGGAUCCUUAAAUCAGCUUACAGCAUGUUCAACAUCUUAAACAAUUUUAAAUAAUCAGGCGGACCAAAUCAUCCUAUUGUUUUUUACAUUAAUUUGCUGUACGGUCGACGUCAGUGAAAUUUAGAUAUGAUUC